GUUUCCAUUAUAAUCCCUCUAAUAACUACCAUUUUUAUUUAUUUAUAACAACAGCUGCCGCGCAGACUGAAUUGAUCUCCACUUCAACUGCCGCGCAGACUGAAUUGAUCUCCACUUCAACUGCCGCGCAGACUGAAUUGAUCUCCACUUCAACUGCCGCGCAGACUGAAUUGAUCUCCACUUCAACUGCCGCGCAGACUGAAUUGAUCUCCACUUCAACUGCCGCGCAGACUGAAUUGAUCUCCACUUCAACUGCCGCGCAGACUGAAUUGAUCUCCACUUCAAAUGUUAACACCAUCAUGCCAACCUCAAAAAUAACAACGGCUGCCACUCAGACUGAACUGAUCUCCACUCCAACUGCCGCGCAGACUGAAUUGAUCUCCACUCCAAAUGUUAACACCAUCAUACCAACCUCAAAAAUAACAACGGCUGCCACUCAGACUGAACUGAUCUCCACUCCAAAUGUUAACACCAUCACACCAACCUCAAAAAUAACAACGGCUGCUGCUCAGACUGAGCUGAUCUCCACUCCAAAUCUGAGCACCUUCACAUCAAUCUAUACCACAUCAGUUGUCGCCACUAGUCCUGAACUGACCAACACUCCAAACACUGCAAACAACAUCACUUCUGACCCCUGCAGUCUCAACAGUGUUCUUGAUAAUGACUGGAGAAGAACAGAAAGUAGGUUUUACACCAACUACAGUAAUGAUGACACUCUUGUUGAGUGGAGCGGCUGGUAUCGUCUGAAUCUUCAAGGAAAAAGUGCUCAGAUUCCUGAAUCUGAUUGGUGUUGGAGUUUUAUGUCCUGUGGUGGUUACACUGCACUUUUACUUGGUGGAUCUCAUCCCCAACUACAGGACGGCAUCGUCACCCGAGACAUCUAUGGAACCUCAGUUGACAGCAGACGAUGCAAUUCCUACAGAUCAAACUCAAUCCAAGUCAAAGCCUGUCCAGAAAAUUACUACGUCUACAGACUCGUCAAGCCAGCUGGGUCACUUCCCAUACCCACAUACUGUGCAGUUGCCAUGGAGACUCCCAGUUACGAUCCCUGUAACAACUACACAUCUCUGGAUCAACCCUGGAGGGCCACUAAUGAGACUGGAGGGUACAACUGUGAUAGAAACUUCAACUGGACUGGCUGGUAUCGGCUGCUGUAUAAUGGGAUGAACAUCCGUAUGCCAGACAGCUGUGUUAACAUAGUCAGAUGUGGUACUUUUUUCACUCUCUGGCUGAAUGGAUCUCACCCUCAGAUAGAGGAUGGAAUAGUCACUCGUAGAGUCUGUGUGAGUUUUGGAAGGGAGGACUGCUGUUACUUCAGAUCCACCCCAAUUCGGGUCAAAGCAUGUCCAGGAAACUAUUAUGUCUAUGAGUUUGUCAGGCCAUUCAUCUGUACUGCAGCUUACUGUGCAGAUGUGAACACCAUCAUGUCAGUCUCUACCACAACAGCUGCCAUUAGCACUGAACUGACCACAACUCCAAUUACUUUUAAUGAUCCCUGCUACAACUACACUGCUCUGGAUCAAACCUGGAGAGCCACUAAUGCAACUGGGCUGAACAUCUGUGACAGAUACUUCAACUGGAAUGGCUGGUAUCGGCUGCUGUAUUAUGGGAUGAGUGUCCGUAUGCCAGACAGCUGUGUUAAUCAGUCCAGAUGUGGUACUAAUAUCAGUCUGUGGCUGAAUGGUUUUCAUCCUCAGAUAAAGGAUGGAAUAGUCACUCGUGGAGUCUGUGGGGGUUCAGGAAGUGACUGUUGUUACUACAGAUCCACCCCAAUUCGAGUUAAAGCCUGUCCAGGAAACUAUUAUGUCUAUGAGUUUGGGAAGCCAAAUGUUUGUGAUGCUGCUUACUGUGCAGACACUGCAAACAGCAUGACUUCUGACCCCUGCAGUGUCUACAGUGUUCUUGAUGAUGAAUGGAGGAGAACAAAACUUCAUGAUUAUAAUAACUACUAUGGUUAUGAUGACACCCUUCUUGAGUGGAGCGGCUGGUAUCAUCUGAAACUGCAGGGAACAAGUGCUCAGAUUCCUGAAUCUGAUUUGUGUUGGAGUUAUAUGUCCUGUGGUGGUUACACUGCACUUUUACUUGGUGGAUCUCAUCCCCGCCUACAGGACGGCAUCGUUACACGAGAAAUCUAUGGAACCUCUGUCUAUUCUAAUGAUAGUAGGCAAUGUAAUUCCUACAGAUCAAACCCAAUCCAAGUCAAAGCCUGCCCAGGAAAUUAUUACGUCUACAGACUCGUCAAGCCAGCUUUAUCAAUUCCAAUGCCCACAUACUGUGCAGUUGUUUUUAAUGAUCCCUGCUACAACUACACUGCUCUGGAUCAACCCUGGAGAGCCACUAAUGCAGCUGGACUGCGGAUCUGUGACAGCAACUUCAACUGGAAUGGCUGGUAUCGGCUGCUGUAUUAUGGGAUGAGCAUCCGUAUGCCAGAGAGCUGUCAAACACUGCAAACAACAUCACGUCUGACCCCUGCAGUGUCUACAGUGUUCUUGAUAAUGACUGGAGAAGAACAGAAAGUAGAUUCUACACCAGCUACGGUGGCUUUGAUGACACUCUUGUUGAAUGGAGUGGCUGGUAUCGUCUGA